AUGGGUGGACCAGAAGCUAAGACUUACAUGGGUUGGUGGGGCCAUUUGGGCUCACCAAAGCAAAAGGGUAUCACCUCUUAUGCUGUUUCUCCAUACGCUCAAAAACCUUUGAACGGAGCCUUCCAUAACGCCUUCUUCAACUCAUGGCGUCGUUUCAGAUCACAAAUAUUGUUUGUUGCCAUCCCAGCAGGUAUAUAUUGGGCUUGGUGGUGUAACGCCAGAGAUUAUAACGAAUAUUUAUACACCAAAGAAGGUAGGGAAGAACUGGAGAGAGUCAGUAAUUAA